CCGCCGUUUGACAUACAGAACCUCAAUGCAAGUCAGAUGUUCGGAUCGACGCCCUGCUCAGCGUCGCAGUUGCAAAACUUUGAUAACGACCCAAUUAUGGAGGGUGGAGGCGGGAGGCAUGAAGACAACAUGAGAUACUCGAUCCCUGGAGGUGGAAUUCAUCUAUCGCAGAAUCAGG